AUGAUUAAGGUCGAGUUCAAGGAAGAAACCAAAGUCUUUGCUCCCGAGGAGAUUUCCUCCAUGGUUCUCAUCAAGAUGAAGGAGAUUGCCGAGGCGUACCUUAAAAGCACCGUUAAGAAUGCGGUCGUCACCGUACCUGCGUCCUUUAACGACUCCCAACGACAAGCCACGAAGGACGCUGGCGCAAUCGCGGGCCUGAAUGUCCUCCGUAUCAUCAACGAGCCCACUGCUGCUGCUAUUGCGUACGGUCUCGCCAAGAAGAUCCACGACGUGGUGCUCGUCGGUGGGUCCACACGUAUCCCUAAGGUGCAGCAGCUCCUGCAGGAGUGUCUCAACGGCAAGGAGCUCUGCAAGAGCAUCAACCCCGACGAGGCCGUCGCGUCCGGUGCGGCCGUGCAAGCGGCUAUCCUCAGCGGCGAGAAGGUGCAGGACCUCGUGCUGCGCGAUGUCACGCCUCUGUCCCUGGGUCUUGAAUCUUCCGAUGAGGUCAUAAACGUUAUCAUUCGCAGGAACACCGCGAUUCCCACCAGAAAGGAGCAGGUGUUUUCCGGCAACCAGUCUGGUGCGUUGAUCCAGGUGUUCGAGGGUGAGCUCCCCGAGUCCGAAGAUAACCAUCUGCUCGGCAAAUUCGACCUGUCCAGCAUCCCCCCUGCUCCUCAGAUCACCGUUUGUUUCGACAUUGACGCCGACGGUAUCUUGAACGUCAGCACCGAGGACAAGACUACCAGCCAGAAAAAUAAGAUCACGAUUGACAAGGGCCGGUUGAACGAGGCCGAGAUUGCGAAGAUGGUUCAGGAUGCGGAGAGGUACAAUGCGGAGGACUUGCGGGACAAGAGGAAGGUGAAGGCAAAGGACUCGCUCAUGACAGAGCUGGACUCUGGGAGGCUGGAGGUGCUCCUCCUGAGGCGGACAUAA